UCCGAGAAGUAUUACACACUCCAUAUUUUGAUUAAUUUGACAUUUAGCACCCAUAAAGGGAGAGAUCCUUAUCAUCCCUUUUAAAUUAAACCAAAAAAAGGAAACGAUGUCAGGGGCGCAGGACUAUUUAAAAUAAUAAUUAAUAAACUGCACAAUUCACACACCAUAAAAUGCCAUUAAAUCAAUUUUUAGGUGAACUAGCGACUAAUUAAAUCCGGGCAUAUACAAUUAAAAUGGGUUCUGUGCCAGUGUUGCUAGUCACCGCCAAUGUAGGGUCCAUCUUUGAGGAGCCAACUGAAAUGCUUAAACUAUGGACUGAUGAAUUCCUAUCAAAAAUUGCAAGUCUGGAUGCCAAGUUUAUUGCCCUACAUUGCCAAGAAGUCGGAGGCAAAAAGUAUGAAAAGUCCAUGAAACAUGUGGAGAGGUUUGUCCAGAUCCUCUCCAUCAGGGAGGAAAUGAAGAAUUUCUCCCACACCCGAAUAUUUCUGGACGAAGACUAUACAUCUGUAGAAAAUUUCACUGCUUUAGGAAACCUGUAUUUUAUCCAUAACUCUAUACAAGACGCCUUCAUUUGGGACUUUAAAAAAUCUGAAUUUAGGCCAGUAGUAGGUACUGAGACCUUCUCAGGAAACAUUGAGUUCGUUGAUACCAAAGAAAAGUCCAAGUUUCCACAACAUUUCUUUCCAGAGUGCAAGUGGUCCAGAAAGGGUUUUAUGCGCACAAGAUGGUCGUUGUGCGGCACCGUGUUCGAUCUAGUCAAUAUCCAUUUGUUCCACGACGCGUCCAACUUAGUCUCAAUGUCUUCGUAUCCAUCAGUGUAUUGCCGGAAUCGACAGAGGGCCCUGGAGCACACCCUCUAUCGGUUCCAUAAUGAUCCUCUUGAUAAUGUACCUUAUUUUGUUUUUGGAGACUUUAAUUUUAGGACUGACAAUGAGGGAGUGAUUAGGACGUUAACAAACGGUUUAACAAAAACUCGAGUGCAAAACACAAAAAAUAACGAUCAAACAAAACUGCACUUCAACAAUGAGGAGAACGACUUAAUACUCUCCGUCGGCAAGAAGGAGUUCAGCCAUAACGACCAUGAAAAAGUCUUCUUGGACUUCGAUUGGUUGAAAAAAUUCGAUAAGGAACCAGAAGCGUUCUCCAAUAUCCUCGCCGAAUAUCCCAUAGGAUUUGCCCCCUCUUACCCUUUUGAGGAGAAGAUCAGUAAGGGAAGUUGCUAUAUGCCCACCCGGUGUCCUGCAUGGUGCGAUCGUAUACUUUUCAGUCAUUCUGCCGAAAAAAUAAUCGAGGAAUCGGAUGGUUAUGACUAUGGACUGUUGGGCAUGAACACUUGCAUGGGAGAUCAUAAGCCGGUAUUCCUGAGAAUAUCCCUCCGGAGCCACGCAGGUACAGUUAAGUGUUGUGACCACGAGCUGUUCGUUUGCUUGUCCGAUCGGUGUCGGUGUUGUCGCAAUUUCGCUUCGGUGACGAUCAACGUGGUGGACAUGAGCGAGUACAUCAACCGCUCCGUCAACGACGUUACGAUCGAUUCCACCCUGUUGCAUGACCGCGCGUCCAAAGGCAUGUUCGCGCACGACCCUUACACCCCCGAAAGUUCGAACUCGCGCACCCCCUUACAAGAGGAGGAUGAGGACGAGGAUCAGCAGGACGAGGAGGACAGCCGCAGGAGUUCCGUCUCACCCACGGAGUUGAAAAGUAAAUUAGAGAAUAUUAUUUGUAAGAAAGGGUUGAAGAAGAAACGGUCUUCGAUUAAGGAUGAUUAUUUGGAGACCGUGGCCGAGUUACUGAGCGGUAGUAGUAAUUUGAAUAGCGAGGGGGAUCAGUUGAGUUGUAGGUUUGGUCCUGGUGACGGGAAAGUCGGUCGUAAACGGAAGAAAAGACGAAGAGAGUGGUGCUGCGCGGUUGCAUGAUAAUACGUACUUAUUUUAGGGUUUUUUUUUCGUUUUUUUUUUUGUGGAAGAGCAUGGAUCUGUACUUAGUGUCUUUUUUUUUUUUUGAUCAGUUGCGCUUGAGCAUUGACCUAUUUUAUUUAACCCCCCCUCAUAGAAAUCCUAUCCUAUUUAUUUUAUAUUUAUGCAUCUUAUUCAGGGUGGUCCAGUUUCAAAAGCGGCAGAUAAAAAAUCUCAAAUAAAUACUAGUCAUACAUUCGAAAAAUGCUUCGUGGCAAAGAUAAAGGGCGUAACCCAAGCAACACACGAUAGUUAAAUAAACGUUUAUUUUUGGUUUACACCAGGUAUGCUUUUACCAUGUUUACACACAGCCGUUAAUGCGCAUUAGCGAAAUGCGAAUUAAGAUUUUAAAAGCGUUUUAGCACUACUAAUUCGAAUUACUUUAAAACGUUUUAAAUAUUAUGUGAAUGAUCUCCCUGUAAUGCGCAUUAAGGUGCGCAAAUUCGCAAUAAUUUUCAGUGUUGUCAACUAACUAAAAAUUUAAAAACCGAGACAGGGCGCGAUUUCGCAAAAUUUAAAGAAUUAUAUUCAUUUAAUAAAUUUAUUUUUACUCUCUUCAACUCAAGUAAUUUAUCAAUAAAUUAUUUAGGUUGGCAAUAAAAAUCAGCUGAUUAACAAUAACGUUAAAACCCUUGUGUAGACACUUGCCAAAGCGUUUUUGCUGUAAUUCGCAAUAGCCCCUAAUGUCACGUGUAAACUUAGUAACUUAUGUGUGUCGAGGAAGUCUACCGACAAACUUUAUAGAGUGAUGUUCCAACAUAAGAAAACAUUUUUAUAAAACAUAAUGUAUGUUCUAAAAUUCCUUCUUUCGGAUUUACAGGGUAUAAAACAUUUUAUUGAAGGGCAUUUUUCACGUACAAGACUAAAACAACUUUUUAUCAAUGGCGUCCGUAAAGGGUUUAUCGCAAAUAUUUUUUUAUAAGAGCACAGUGUGCCACGGCAAUUUUGUGAAAUAAAUUUUAUUUUUUAAAUAAAAAUCAGAUCGCCAUAUACAAAUUAAUAGUUUAAAAAACAAUAUUCGAUAGAAAAACUAAUACAUUAGAUAUAUUUGCCUUUUUGACGGACAUAUUUGAUAUGGACAUACCUUUUUGCUUAAUUUUCAUUUAACCCAUUAUUACAUGAACUUAUAAAAAUUGUUUUUUAUGUAUUUUUUCUUUAUGAAUUAGUUAAAUGACUUAAAUAAGAUAUAAAAAAAAAUACAAAAAUCAAAUAUUAGUUUUUAUUAGUGUGUUAUGAUCCGUCCCUCAAAAGGGACUCCAUGCAUAAAAUUAAUAUUAUUUAGUUUAUAUGGUAAUUUUCGAAACAAUUUUUUGAAUGAAGUCCAUAGUCACAUUUUACACAUAUAAAGUUACUUUUCUUCUUGCAUACUUGGCACCUUCGAUCAGAUUCAUUGUACCGAAUUAAAUGUCCUAUAUUAUCAAAUCUAGAGGCUUUAUGAACUGGAAGCGCAGUUUUUCCUCUACUUGGUUUUUUACCAUAGGACUGUAAAAAACGAUAUACCUCCGAGAUUCUAGUAAGGAGGCACAAUUUACAUCAUUUGGUCUUUAGCUUUUUCAUAAGUACCCAGCCAUUUGAGAUGCUUGCAUCUAAUAAAUAUGAAACUAUUGGCCAAUACCAUUUUCGCUGUCGCAUUCUUGUCCUCGCAGCCCAUCCAUUUUAUCAACUCCUCCCAUGUGUUUAUUGUAUCCAGCUAUAAUUUUUGGUUGUGGAAUUUGUUUUUUAGUUUUAGUUACCUUACACCAUCUAGAUGUGGUAACAAUGUCAUUACUUUCGAAGUUGGUACCCAAUGUCACAGCCUUGUUGUCCUUCCAUUGUACAAAAGUAACGUUAUCACUUCCACGCUUCCCCUUGGUUUUGAUUUUCAUGAAGUACUUUCAGGAAAUGGACACUUUUCCGUUCGAAUCUCUCUUACUGUUGCCGUUGCACAAAUUUUAUUUUCCGAGAGAUGGUUCAGUAAACUCAGGCUUGUAAAAUAAUUAUCAAAAAAAAAUUAUAUCCCUGGUUAGAAGGCACUUCCGAUUUAUGUAGUAAGGACUUAACCACGUCUCCACCAAUCCACAAUUCUAACGGAUUUUGGGCUUCUUUUGCUUCUUGAGAUGGCUCUCGUGGCACACAGUUUGUAUUCGUAGAAAAAAAUGGGGGGAUCUGCGUUCCAUUCGUAUAGCUUUCUACGUUUAGGGGUUGAAAAAUUGCCUUGACUUAUACCUGACCCAGGUUUAGAAAGCAGAUCUGCUAAAGGUAUUAGAUCUUCUUCAUCAAAAUCAUCUUGUUUAUUAGGUGGGGCUUCAUAGGUUUGACGAGAUAAACCCUUAGAGUUUGGAAAUAGUUGGGUUAGAGGAACUAGAUCUUCUUCGUCAAAAUCAUUUUGUUUUCUGGCUCUUACUUAACAAUUCUGCUGAAGUAUUCCACAGCAUAAGCGAUCUACAUCUCCGAUAUGCUCAUAAUCAGAGCUGUCGCUGUCUUCUUCUGUGUCUUCGCCUAGGUCUUCCAAUGUAAACAUCAAGAUUUUGUUGAACUUCACCAACUUGAAUUCAUGCAGAGAUAAUCUGCAAAAUACGAAUUAUACUGAGGAUUGUCUAUUUUGCAUAGAGUCCUUUAUAAGGGACAGAACAAAUAUUUAUGCCUAAGAAAACGAUAACAUAUUUUUGUUUUGCAGACAAAAUUGUAUGAUGAUUCUAACCUCAAACACAAUAUAUUUACUGAAUUUCUUUACCCUGGUUUCAAAACCUAUCGAUAUAAAAAAUUAAAACUUACCCUCCAUUUCGAGUAGAGUAAAUUAGGUUAAUAUUUUGUGACUGAUUUUACAACAAAUAGCGAACGUCUAAUGAGGUCAGAUCAGGGGAUCGUGCAGGCCAUUCCUCGUAUCCCUAUCCACCGAUUUGGAAAUAUUCUGUUGAGGUACUACCAAAAAAACUAACAUUGUUUUGUAAGUGAAAUUAAGCUGUAACAACAACUACAAAAAUAGGCACUAACAUUUUUAAUUUUCGAUGCUUUGACAAAAUCUUCUAUCAUCUUUGUCUUCUGUAUUGAUGUUUCCACUUUUAGUUUAAAUAGCGGGAAGAUUUUUAUAAAAAUCAUGGUAUUCUGGGUUAAUAAUAUUAGCAUUGCAUAAUGCCAUUUAAUAUUCAUACAUUUUUUUAGACAUUGAGAUUUCGGUAAGCUUUUCAAAGUUGUAAAAUAUUUUCUAUCUUUGAUUUUGUAAAAUAAUAGUAGGGGAACUAUGGACAAAAUGACAUACAGUUUUCGUAUUGCUCCAUAAAACUUUAAUUUAAACAGUAAAGAAGGUCAAAAUAUGUAACAAAUAUCUUUGACACAUCAAUUUUUCAUGUAACUAAAUAUUUUGCAAAUAAUUGUAAAGGUAUAAAAAGUUAAAAGCUAAACACUAAAAUGUAACAGAAAACCAUUUUGUCCAUACUAAAUGGACAAAAUGACAUAUGUUCUAUGGAUAAAAUGACAUACACCAAAACUACUUUGAAUCAGGAACACAUAGUUCGCAAAUAAACAUUUUUGUCUUUUGAGACACGUCGGCGCAAAUAGCAUGAGCCCACUGUGAACAUACCUUACAUCGUAACCUGUUCUCACCAGGUUUCGAACGCGAAUACAGGUCGUUGCAAUAUAUACAAGGGCAAUCGUCUUCGUCAAUUUGCGAAUCACUUGUGAAUGGAUCUUCAUCAUCUUUGUCAUUCUCAUUGUAAUCAAAUACAGUUCUUGUAACCCUUCUGUUUUUUGUUUCGGAGAUGACUUGCGUCAUUUUUGUUGACUAGUGUCAUUUUUGGCUUUUACCUCUACCAUAUUUGGCGUAGAAGUGAGGACUAAAUGAGUUUGUUGCUUCUUUGGUCUUCUCUUUCCUUGACCUCUGACUAGAUUUCCUUGCGGUAUAGGUGAUAAAACUUCGAGCGGAACGAGCAAAGCAUCUUUAGAGGGUCCAGGUUUCUCUUUAUCCACGGAUUAUUUCAUCUGGUAGGGUAGAAGCAGUUUCAUUAUUAUCAGAUCUUGAGCUUGCUGAUAUCUCUAUGGACAUAGGUUCAGGAGUCAUUAUUGGAACAUUUGUUGUCUCGGCAGGCUGAAACAUGUAUUCUGGAAAGAUAUCGGAAGCAAUAGGCCAAAGACCAGUGUUUUUAAAUCCUUGGCAAGCAUUUUGCACGGUAGCGGAUUUGCCAUAUGCCUGAUUACAUAAAUUCCCCAUGUGCAGAUGAGUCACUACGCGGCCUGGAUGAAGCUUUAACCACUUUGAUAUUUCCUGAUUGAAGUAGGUUUUUAAAGGUCCAUAAAAGCAUACAUCCAAAGGUUGCAUCCGAUGGGUGCAAUGUGGUGGCAGACAUACUAUGACUAUACCAUUGUCUUUAGCAUAUGUCAGUGAUUCUAAUCCUUUGUGACUAGCAUGACCAUCGAGGAUGAGGAGAACCUUUUCAGUAAGAUUAGCCUUUGCAUAGGUUUGAAAGUGUUUGAGCCAUUUGAAAAAUAAAUCUGUGGUCAUCCAGCCCGAUUCCUGUGCAAUUCCAAGAGUGCCAGUUGGAGCUCCAUUCAAAAGCUCAUUUUAAAAAUUUUUCCUCGGGAAUAUUAACCAUGGUGGAAUAUAAGAGCCUGUUGCAUUCAUGCAACAAACAACACUAACAUGAGAUCCACGCUCAGCACUUGUUAAGCAUCCGACUUGCUUCCGACCAGCUGUUGCUAAAAUUUUCUGUGGUCUCUGAACCGUGGACAGACCCGAUUCAUCCAUAUUAUAAACUCUAUCCGGUGAAAAGUUGUGUGUAUCCAACAGUUUUUGAUAUGCCCUAAAGAAUUUCUCAACCUGCGGUUUAUUAAACGCCUGAGUCCUAGCCGCUGAAGUCGGUUCUGGUUUGCGUGCUGAAAUAUCUUUAUUCCUAUUUAAAAAUCCGGUUAGCCAUUCUUGUCCAGCUCUUGGUUUUUCUACAUUGAAAAUAUGGGCAAAUUUAUUUUUUUCGGCCAACUGGAAAGCUAAGUUUUGAACGUCUUUACGAGUUAAACCAAAAAGUCAUGUUUCUAGUAAUUUUAAAUGAUUAACUAGCUGCCUUUCAAUUUCAGGGGGAAAAGUAGGUUUGAAUCUGCCUAAUCCUUUAUCAGUGGCAUUUAAUGAUUUGUUCUUUCCUAAUGCAUGUCGUCUAAGGGUCGCCUGAGGUCUUGGAGGUUAAAAGCCAACCCAUUUUAUUUUGCUGAACAGCCUCGAUUGCAUUUUUCAUGGACAGGUCACUCCAAGAUUGCCGAUUGGUUUUUCUUUUAUAGUCGCGCGGCAUACUAGCACUGUUACCUGUAAGCGAUUAAAUAUAAUGACAAUUUUUAGCGUGUUAAAUUAUAACGGACAAAAUGACAUACUAUGUCAUUUUGCCCCGAUUACCAUUAUGUCAUUUUGUCCAUAUUGAAAACUUAACAAUUUAAUAUUGAAAUUGUAGAAUAAAUGUUAUGUAUUUAUCAAAGUAAUGGAUCCAUGUCUUACAAUACACAAUAGAGCAUUGAUUUACAACAAAAUCAAUUGAUUAAAUAAUGAAAACUUACCAAAAAAUCGAAAAAAAGAGAGAAGAUUCUCUCUUUUCUCUCAAGAUUCUCUCCUAACUGAAUUUUGAAUAUUGCCCGCUUCGCAGGUGAUCGCCAAUCGUUUGGAGCACGUGACAUACUAGUCGGUAGGGUGGUAAAUGGCGCGAAUUAUGAAAUAAUGGUCAUAUGUCAUUUUGUCCAUAUAUGUUAUUUUGUCCGUAGUUCCCCUAAUUUUUUAUAAAGGUUGAGAAAUCAGUGCUUUUUUAAUGGCAGAUGAGAGUACAGAAUAAAAAUCGAAUUAAACAUAAAACGAUUUCUGCAUAAACCGAAUUAAAAAAUGGCACACUGAAAAUAAAAGUAUAAGUACCUAUACAAUUCCCUUUGAUGAGUUUUUUAAAAAUUGAUUAUUGGCUUAAAAUUGUUAAAUAUUAAGUAUAAAAACUAUUACUUGAUGUGAGACCCAAAUUGUUUGAUACGAUAUGGACCAUUAUUCUUCUGCUUUCACUAUGUUAAUCAUAUGGUUUAACUAUGCUAAUUUAAUAAUCAGACCUAAUUUCAAGCACCUCAUAGAAAAAUAAAACCUGCAUCAUAUGGGUUUAUUUGCAUAAAAAAAGAGAUCCCAUAUAUUUUUGACUAGGUCUAUAUAACCUAGGCUUAAUUUAUAUUACUGCGAGAUAAUUUCUCUUUUAAGGGUUUAAAUGUUUAACUUAAGUAUACGAGUAAGACUGACUUUAAUUCAAUUAGUUUUAAGUUUGUUUUUUAAUUCAAGGUUUCCAAGUUGGCUCAUACUUAUUAUAUAUAUAUAUAAAUAUAUUUUUUUUUAAUAUAGAGCUUUAAAGUUUUA